AUUCGACAGAGCGCUCAGAAAGAAUUUCACCGUGUUUGGGGUUGCAUCGCGUCGCGUGAUCGCAUCACAGAGUCCACAAAAAACAAGGAAACCUUUGGCCAUAAUAUCGACAAUUGUGAGUCCGAGUUCGAUUGCGUGACCACUUAAAAGGCUAACAUGCUAAUUUAGCAUCGAAUCAGUUCGCAAAUUGUCCAUCGAAAGCGAAACCCAAGCGCCAGCGAACAAAUUGUUGCUCCAGCCGCCGGACAAACAGCGUGGAUUCGAAAAUCCAAAAAUAAAGAAUUAAUAAUUAACUGCAAUAAACCCAAAUACAUACAAAAUGUCGCCAUUCAUGGAAAAGACGUUGUUGUUGUUAGGCGUGCUUUGCUGCAUACAAGUGACUACUGCCCUGAUGUGCUAUGACUGCAAUAGCGAGUUCGAUCCCCGAUGCGGCGAUCCCUUUGAGCCGUACUCCAUUGGGGAGGUGAACUGCAGCAAACAAGAGCCACUGGAGCACCUCAAGGACAAGUACAAGCCCACCCUGUGCCGCAAGACCGUUCAAAAGAUUUACGGGAAGACCCGGAUCGUGCGAGGCUGCGGAUACAUCCCUGAUGAACACACCGACACCAAGUGCGUGAGGCGCUCGGGAACCCACGAUGUGGCCGCCAUCUACUGCUCCUGCACCAAGGAUCUGUGCAACGGAGCCGACUCACCUGUUGCCAAGUGGAUGAUGCUGCCCCUCGUCUUCUUCGCCGGACUUACACUCCUGCUGAACUCGAGGCACACAAUACGAUUCCAGAGCUCGUAAAUUGAGCUCGACCUAGCAUUUCACUGAGUUCACUUGUACUUAUCGUUUUCGACUUUGUUUUAAGUGGUUUUUCGUUUCAAGUCUGCAAUUGAUGUUCAUUUAGUUGCAUAAUUUACUUUAAUAUUUAAUUUAAUUUGUUCGUAAGCGUAAAAAUUAUAAGAAUAAUAUGAAAAUUUAAUUAACUUACCUUAUGGGUUCACACAGACAUUAUAAAGAGCAACAGGAUAUAAACAAGAAGGUAAACACACUUUUUGGGGGCAGUAAUAAAUAAAAAUUGUUUAAGCUUUUGUUGAAAAUUAAUUUAAAAAUACAAAAAAACUGCCAGUAAAUGUCUCCGCCUAAAAAAAAAACCGUCGACCCCGAUAAACUAAAUAAACAAUACAGAUCGCUGAUCCAUUGCAUAAGUCACAAUCCAAAAUAACAUUUGUCAUGAUGCAGAAAUACCUUAUUUUAUUCUGAAGCAGAUUUACCAUCCUUGCAUAAGAUCAGAAAAAAUAGGUGCAUCUCUUGUUCAAGGCUUAUGGAUUUUGAGAAAGAGCUGUAAAAAAACCCGAGAAGUUUUAUAAAUGUUUCAGUCUAUUUUUCGUUGUUUGUGAGUUGCAUUUUACCCAGCAUUUUGCCUAGUCAGUUUAUAAUUGAGGUAAAUCCUAAGAGGCAAGUCCCAAUGAAACCUGUGAGUCCGAAUCACAUCUUUCUGUACGGGAUGUCCCCUGCAACAACUUGAAUUUGCGAUUUUAUUAUGUCGAAAUUCUUCUACUAUUGUGAAGCGAUUUUAUCGUAUUUGAUUAAUUAUAAAAUUAUUUGUAAUUUGGAGCUCAUGUGUCUUAACGUGUAGUAAAUGAGCCAUUACUUAUGUUUUGUUUCCAAACUUAACUCAGUUUUUAUUUAACUCUAAAAAAUAAAUGGGGUAGGGCAACCUCAAAGGCAACCCCCUUAUGAAGCCUGUUAGUGCAAAUUCUAAGGAUGAACAUCUAUCUUUACGGCAAAGAAUUUGCAGUGAUGUGCAUUCAUAACUCAUUUAAGCCCGAAAAUCCAUUUUCAUGAAGAACUAAAUUAGAAAAACUUAUUAAAAUUUACACGAAGUAAAUAAAUUAAAAUAAGCCUAUUUGCAAAAAAAAGCGAAUCCGUAAAGUAAUAAUUCUGAGAAGGAAAAAUAAAAUGUGUCCAUUAUAAGCAUCAUACAAACUAAACAGCUAUGAUCCCGAUUACAUUUUCACAGGAGAUCGACCUCCGUCUGGUAACAGUGAAAAUGAAAACAUGGCUAAUAUACAUAAAUCUUCCUAAUACUUUAGACGGAAAGAGCAUAAACAUUUUGAUUUGUGUCCCCAAAACAAUACUAACACAAACGAUGGUACAGUCAACACAGAGCAUGGCAAGAUAUUAAUAAACAGAAACACUAGCCAACAUAUAAAAAA